CAAGCCAAAAAGAUUGCCGACUUCCUCCCACCAUGCCUGGCCCUUUACCUUACCUUAAGAAGAAAGAGGGGGUAUGAAGCGUGGGAAAGAAUGCAAGAAGUGUAUGAUAGAAGUAACCUUAAGGAGUGGCGGCAAACCUCUUGAUUGAUCAACGUGAGUGAACUGUGCUUAGACGCUUCGUAAAACCGCACCGAUCUACGAGAGGAGCUGAUAGAUGAGUAGGCUUCCCCUUUCGAUUCACGGAAUGUGAUCUGGGCCACGAUGGGAGUUUGCGUGCCUCGGUAGGAAAGAGAUCACCGGAGUAUAGCACAAGAUCGCCUUUUCUUGCUGCCAUGGGGUCGACCUGUGAACAAGGUAAACCCAAUGGGAACCAAAAAACGGGGAUACCGCAUUGGGCAGAAGACGAUCCAAAAAGCGAAGGCUCACCCUUGGUUGAAGAAAGAAGUCAGGGGCGAAAGCCGCUCGACCGAUCCCUUGAACCUAACCCUCGGGAGUUUAGGGGCUCGACCGAGGGGAGAGGAAGGAGGGGAAGCUUACCUUAAACUUCAAAGGGGAAAGGGGGUGAGAUAGGCAAGAGGUUUUGAUUCCUUUUCCACUAGAAAGCCCGGCCGCGAGGAAUCAAGAGAUCUUUGCCGGUGCUGACUUGGAUCUCGGGUGACGGAAUAAGGCGGCCAAAAGCUUAGAGCAGUCGCGGUCGAAGCUUGGCUACAGCGAAGCGCUUACCAAGCGCGAAGGAAAGGCCUCCGCCACUUGAGCCGUAUGCGGGGGAACUCGCACGUGCGGUUCUUAGGGGGGGGAGCUAGUAGGAGCCAUCCCAUCCCAAUAGCGUAUAUUUUCCGCUCAAUAUUCAAUUUUCUUUUCUUGCAAGACCCGUUCGGAUAAGGGAAAACUCCAGAGAUUGCUUCGAAGUAAGAUCCUUGCGUUGACCCUUUCCUGAACCAGAACCGGGUCCGGGUGAGAGGAAAAGAGGAUCCAAAUGUCCCAUCAAUAAAGGUUGGGCUUUCCGGACCUUCCCCAAAACCCCCUCACGGACCCUUUUUCAAUAAAUAAGCCCCGCUUCAUAAGCCAUAACUUUAAAUGGCCCCUCUCUGAUAAGGAAGGAAAGGAAAGAAUCUCCAUUUUAUGACAAAUCCGGUCCGAUGGCUGUUCUCCACUAACCACAAAGAUAUAGGGACUCUAUAUUUCAUCUUCGGUGCCAUUGCUGGAGUGAUGGGCACAUGCUUUUCAGUACUGAUUCGUAUGGAAUUAGCACGACCCGGCGAUCAAAUUCUUGGUGGGAAUCAUCAACUUUAUAAUGUUUUAAUAACGGCUCACGCCUUUUUAAUGAUCUUUUUUAUGGUUAUGCCGGCGAUGAUAGGUGGAUCUGGUAAUUGGUCUGUUCCGAUUCUGAUAGGUGCGCCUGACAUGGCAUUUCCACGAUUAAAUAAUAUUUCAUUCUGGUUGUUGCCACCAAGUCUCUUGCUCCUAUUAAGCUCAGCCUUAGUAGAAGUGGGUAGCGGAACUGGGUGGACGGUCUAUCCGCCCUUAAGUGGUAUUACCAGCCAUUCUGGAGGAGCAGUUGAUUUAGCAAUUUCUAGUCUUCAUCUAUCUGGUGUUUCAUCCAUUUUAGGUUCUAUCAAUUUUAUAACAACUAUCUCCAACAUGCGUGGACCUGGAAUGACUAUGCAUAGAUCACCCCUAUUUGUUUGGUCCGUUCUAGUGACAGCAUUCCCACUUUUAUUAUCACUUCCGGUACUGGCAGGGGCAAUUACCAUGUUAUUAACUGAUCGAAACUUUAAUACAACCUUUUUUGAUCCUGCUGGAGGGGGAGACCCAAUAUUAUACCAGCAUCUCUUUCGGUUCUUCGGUUUGAAAUGGCCCUUUUCAGAUUCAAAUCUGAAUACGCAUUGCGCUGUAUGCUGGGACUGUCUGCUUAAUGGGACUCCUACUAUGUUCAUAAGUGGUUUUCUAGUAACCAACGACAUAAAAGCAGUCUAG